CCUGGCGCAAACUCAAUCUACUUUGUUCGGCCUUGCCGUGCAUUUUUGAUGCCGUCCAGCCUACCUACCUUGUAUCCAAGUAUCAGGACCUACGAUUCCACCGCAAUCAUGCAGCAACCUGCUCAGGACUCCAAACCCAUCGAGAUGAGCUUAAGAGAGCAUCUGCUUGCCGCUGGAGCUGGCCAGUCUUCUGCUCCGCCUGCGCCUCCUCUCCAGCAACAUCCCGUUCAGCAACACUCUCCUCAGCAACACGCUAUUGACCCGCAGAUCGCUGGUCCUCCUCAGUACGGCAUGAGUCAAGGCGAAGCUCCCCAAGCCGAUAUGGGCGAUCACAGAAAGGGCCGUCGGGAGCUAUCCACCUCGAAACGUGCUGCCCAGAACAGAGCUGCCCAGCGUGCAUUCCGUCAGCGCAAAGAGGAACACAUCCGGCACUUGAACGACAAAGUCAAAGAGUCUGAGCAUCUCUUGGAACUGUACAAGACUCUCCAGACAGAAAACUAUCAGCUCCGUGACUACAUCAUCAACUUGCAAUCGCGGCUGCUCGAAACUCAGGGCGAAAUACCACCUGCUCCUGCAGGUGUUGACCUUUCGCGCAACCACAAUGAGGCCUCCAACAUGCCCCAGACCUAUCAGCCACCGCAGCAAGAGCAGCCCCAACCGCCACCUCAGACACAGAACCACAAUGACAGUGGUCUAUCUGAACGUCAGAUUGGAGAGUUACAGAUGGCGGCGCAAGCAGCUGCCGCUGCCCAGCACGGCCCAUCUAGCAACGGCAAGCACUCCAUCGAAGGCUCACUUGUCGCAGGGGAAUAUGCAGACAAGCGCCAGAAGACCGAGUCCCCAGUGCAAGGCGCAGCAACCGUUGAUGCUACGGGUAUAUAG